CCCUUGCUUUAGCCUCUUCGCUAUGGCCUGGAUACUCACCUCAGUGAUAUAACCUGUCUUAUUAACAAACAUCUCAAAAUCAUGAUUACAGACUUCAUAUUGAUCCAUGUAAAAAGCAUUGAGCUUAACUCUUCUUGCAGGUCCUUCACCAUCAGAUACUAUUUUGGGAUUAUUGGUACCCAUCACAAAUUCACCACCUUGUAAAAGUACCAUCAAUCCAUAUUGGAGACCAUGAUCUUGUUCUGUGGGAUGUGGCUGAGUCCAUUUAAAUUUUUCAUGGUCUUUGGAAGUUUCCUUAGUAUGGCUAUUGGUACGAGAGGUCUUUGAGCACCCACAAUCCUUUGUGGCCUUACUAUUACAAGCAGUAGUGCAUGAGUUUGCAGCAGCAUCCUUACCAGAAAAGACGAACGUUGUGAGUAGCGCACAGUACAAAAGAAAUAAGAACAUUGUCCUUGUCAUAGUUUUGGAAUACCAAUAAGUGACCAUAUUAUACCCAUCUAUCAUAUUGAUUUUAAUGAUUUUAAGUCCAGCAAAUACACUUUUAAUAGUCUUAUAUGAAUGUACUUCGUUGUAAAUAAUUAUAUACCUGUGUACCAACCUGUAUAUGGCAUUUAUAGUUGUAUAUGGAUUUUUCCAGGUCUUGGCCACAAUUUUAAAUUAACACAUAAACCAAAAAACUGCAACCUCGUCCCCAGGACCGUAAAACUGCCAAAUUCAAUAUGGCGUCAAAACAGGAGGUAAAAAUAUAAAAUCAUUUGAUUUUAAUAAUAUAUUUUGCAAACAUGUGUAACAAGCAAAAGACUGUAUAAAAUUUAUGAUCUCGUACAUCUUAUUUAAUAGAGCAGGAAGCUUUUGGCCGAGCAAGCUUCUCAAUCGGGAGAAGAAUUCAUUCAACUUUACUAUGAUACAUUUGAUAAACGAAGACAUGUAAGUAUUUUUUACUUGGAGAGGUUUUGUAGAUGGGAAUUUCGAAUAUAUAUAUGCCCUAAUCUGGUUAGGUCUGAAAAUUGUAUACCUGUAUUAUCUUCCAAUUGAAAUUUCCAUCUACAAAAGUAACAAAACCACUUCAAUUGUCAAUAGUUGUAGUAUCACAUCACAGGAGGCCCAAUCCGGCAAUCUUGCAAGGAUCAGUGUACUAAUGCUAAUGUAUAUUAUAGUGCAAAUAUGUCAUAAAAUAUAUAUUUUAAAAUGAAAUUUACUUGUCUAUUUGAUAGUGUGUGUUCUCCUUUUUAUAUUCCUCUUUUGUUGGGCUAAUAUAAAUUUUCAAAGACUAAUUUGCAGUUUGCACCUGAUGUUUGCAGCCGCCCAGUGUGGAAAGUUUGUAUUGCACAACUGAGAUAUCAAGCGUGCAAUGUUGAUGCUUUCUAUAUAUUUACUAAUAAAUUUUCGAAAUCUCAGUUGUGCAAUUUCCAAACUUUCCAGUCAGGGCGGCCGCUACUAGUCAUGAUAUAGACAAACGAUUCCCGAUUGUUGAUCCGUUGGCACAAGCAUUAAUUAUAAAAAAUUCUCCCCCUCAAACUGCUUUAUUCUCCCCCUCAAACUAUAAGAUAAAUAGAGAAUAAUACAUGGGUGUGCGGAAAUACCAGAUUUAUUUCGAGUGUUGAACAUGAUAUCUCACGAGUGAGCGCAGUGAGAUAUCAUGUUCAACACGAGAAAUAAAUCUGGUAUUUCCAAGCACCCAUGUAUUUUUCUGUUUAUUAUAUAAAGGACAGUCUUUGAAAAGCGAUAAUUUUUACAGAAAAGCGAUAAUUGAAAAGCGAUAAUUUUCACAUGUGGAGAUUAUCAUGAAUAAUCUCACAUGUGAGAUAUCAGUGCUCGAAAUCUCUAUAAAACACUAUACUUUAUAUAAUAAGAUAAGAUAACUUUAUUUUAGCAGGAUAGCCCAUUCAGCACUAAGCUGGUAUCCAUAUAGGGGCCCAACCUUGUUCCCAGGCUCUUCCCUCUUCCUCCACAAUAGGGAAGAGCCUUCUUUACAGCAAUAAGAAGAUAUAAUAAUUAUAUAGUACAUAUAUAGUAUGUAAGUAUAUAAUACAAUGUUAUGAUUAUAAUAACCUAAUUGUACUAAUGCUAAAAUCUGUUAUAUAUCAAACACACAAUGAGUAUUACUGCAGUAAUUAUUUAAAACUGUGUCUUUCUAUAAGGGUCUUGAAACUAGACAAGGACCCUGCCUUUUUAAUUCCAUCUGGAAGUAGGCUGUUGCAGUAUUUUGAAAAAAAACAAAAACUGAUACCUGGAAAAAUACCGAUAUUUUUUCACGAUUGUAUUUUGCUUAAUUUUUUCAAUUGAAUUUUUUCUGUUUUCAAAUGAUGCCAAACCGCCACAAUAUAACAGCUUUGACUCAUUGGGUGCGUGAUAUUUUUAAUAAAGUGUGAGGCCAGUGAUCAGUAGCCUGUGAAAUGUCCGCUUUAGAAAUGCAUAUUAGCAUUGAUUACCGCACUGGAUAAAUCAUGUGUGAUAUUUUUGACCGAGAAAUUUGUUUCAAAGCAUGUCAUUUAACUGCGAAUUUGAAACAAAGAUUGUCCUAUCUCACCAGAUAAACAAUGUGCAAUAAGGUUAGUUUUUGUUGUUUCUAAAACAUUUUGUAAUCCACCGUUGUUUAUGUUCUAGAAGUUCACUUUUUGACAAGCGAAAUAUGACAUACAGCUAUUUCAAUUAACGUUGUCCACGAGCAAAGCGGAAAUGUCGAAUACGAGCGCGAAAGGCUGCUGGGAAUCGCUAACAAAUUAAUGAAUUUGCAUAUGCAAAUUCAUUAAUUUGUUAGCAAUUCCCAGCAGCCUUUCGCGCUCGUAUUCGACCUUUCCGCUUUGCUCGUGGACAACCUUAAUUUUUCAGUGAAAUAGCUGUAUACACCUUGCAACGUCAACGUAAACAAAUACGUUUUAACUCUCGCUCUAACCUUAAUUUACGGAUUAAAAGCACAUUGAUCGUCUUUGUCCUUCUGAAAUAACUCCAAUCAUCGCUUGAAAAAGCUUGAUAUGACGUUUAAAUAUACAAACGUAAACGUAUCCGAAAAAUAUCGAUAUUCCAAUAUUUAUCGAAAAACGGAAAGUACCAUACAUACCGAAAAAUAUCGAUAUUCCGAUAUAUCGAAAAUUUCAAUAUCGAGUAAUCGGUAUUUAUAAAAAAAGAUAAUUAUCGGUAUAUCGAUAUACCCCAACAGCCUAUCUGGAAGAUUGUUAUAAAGCAGUGAUCCCGAGUAUAUAAAAGAUCUCUUGCCCAGACUAAGAUUUGGUUUAGGUAAAUGCAAAUCAUCUUGCCUUCUAGUAUUAUAAGAAUGAAUGUUUGAAUUCCUUACGAAAUAUCCACUUAAGUAUUCUGGGACUAAAUUGUUCAAACAUUUAAAUACUAAAACACACUUGUGAAUUUGUCUACGAGUAGAUAGGUCUACCCAAUUUAAGAUGUCAAACGUAUUUCUGGAGCUUUCUCGUUGUAAUAUUAUUCGUGCUGCACGGUUUUGCAGUUUUUGGAGGCUUUGAGAACACCCAGCAGGCAGGUCGGUCAAAAAUGGGUUGCACCACUGAAUUGUAAAACACAUUUUAAUGCCUCAAUUGUCAAGCAAGACCGUAUUGGCGGAAGUAGACCUAAUCGCUUGCUGACUUUGUUGCAGAUCUCUUCCAUAUGUUCUUUCCGUGAUAUUUGUUCAUCUAGCAUUACGCCUAAGGGGACUAAACUUUGGCACUCUUUCAACUAGUUUGCCUUGUAGUUGGAUGGUAAAGUCUCUGAAACGACCAAGUUUUUGUUUUGUUCCAAAAAGCAUAACCUUAGUUUUGCUGUAAUUUAAAACAAAUCUACUAGAAGUCAUCCAUUGUGCAACACGAUCUAAAUCAUUUUGAAGGGUUUCCAUUAUCUCAUUGGUAUCAGAACCCGAAAAAUAAAUUAUUGUGUCAUCGGCGUACAUACUGAUUGAGCAGCUUAAUAGACAUUUUGGCAAGUCAUUAAUGUGUAAGACAAAUAACAACGGUCCAAGCACAGAUCCCUGGGGAACGCCAUAAUUCAACACUCGACUAGGAGAUAGUUCAUUUGCAUAAUUUACUCUUUGUGUCCGCUUGUGAGGUAAUUCCGAAACCAGCUCAGGAUCUGACCUCUAAUUCCAUAGUGUUCUAACUUCUAAAAAAGGCAUUCAUGAUCGACAAGAUCAAAGGCCUUUUUGAGAUCUACAAACACUGCACCUGUCACAUGCUGCUUAUCCAUAUGUUGCAAUAUAUGGUCAACAACAUGGACAACAGCAGUUUCAGUGGAAUGAUUCUUACGGAACCCUGAUUAUGUACGGAUAAGACGUUUUUCUCUGUAAGAAAUGCCACAAGCUGGACUUGGGUUGAACGUUCCAUUAUCUUGGAGAUCAAAGGGAGAACUGAGAUAGUUCUAUAAUUGUUCUCUUCAUUUCUUUUGCCCGAUUUAAAAAUAGGUGUAACCUUUGCCUCCUUCCAUUCCAAAGGAAUUUCUCCGCUUCUGAUUGUCAAGUUGAUAAGAUGCGCAAUUGGCUUGGCAAUCACUUGGCAAACUGCUUUAUUCUCCAAAAACAUUCGCCGGCAUGUAGAACAGACGCCGUUCUUUGAAAAUACUGAGAUGCGCUUCAGCGAGAUGUAUAAGUUUUGGACCAUUUUUAACAAUGCAAAUCAAAAUCCCUUGUAUAUUGAACUUAGAAAGCGUGACGAUUACUGCCAAAAAAGGAAUAAAAGGAGAACACACACUGUCAAAUAGGCAAGUAAAUUUCAUUUUAAAAUAUAUAUUAUAUGACAUUUUUACUAUAAUAUACAUUCUUAUACUGAUCCUUGCAAGAUUGAGCCGUUGUUCUAUCAAGGCAUCAAGCGAGAUGCCCAAAAUCUAGGUGUUUUUACCCUGUCGCUACAUUUAGGGGACCGAAAACAGACUUUGUCUCGUUAUAUUUAUAAUAUUUUCAUUCCAUACAGUACCAUGCAUGUGUUGUAACACAGUGUUACAUUUCGUUUUCAAAAUAUGUGAUAAAAAUAUUCUAGUACAGUAUAAAUAGUACGAAGUUGUUAUUUGUAUGGUCAUGGAAACCGGGGAGUUUUGUUUUGUUUAUUUUGUUUUAAUUACUUUAUCACUGAAUUAUGGAUGAUUGGUGGACAGACAGAGCAUAGCCCCAAUUGAAUCAGCCUACCGUGCUGAGUAUUUGGGGUAGUAUUUUAAUUGGUUAUUUGUCUGUGAAUUACUGCUGUAUCUACACCUCAUAAAUCCCAAUCAAUAACUUUUUACAGUGUAGUAUGAUAAAAUAAAGUUGAUACAACAAUAGAGUUUGCCAGUUUGAUUAAUUUAGCCAGCUGGAUAUACUGACUUCUGGCCAUUUGGCACCAUUUGUACCAUAUUUCAGUGAAUGUUAUUAUACCCUCGCGCCAAUGAUAUUGUACACUUAGUAGUAAAUUAGCAUUUUAUUUUACAGUUAAGUUUGAAAAGCGAGCAAAAUCUGAAAAUUCGUCUAUGUUGAGAAAGCACCUAAAAACAAAUUCCUUAUUAAAUAAUACAGGUUGGAGAGGUUACAUGCAAUCAAUCAAUUACCAGUUUUUAAAUAGACAAGCUCAGUUUUCAAAUGCUUCUUCUUAAACUUAUUGAAUCACAACUUACAGGCCACAAUCACACAUGCAUUCCUUGGCACACGUCAAUUAUCAAAAGUGUGAUUUAUCUCAUGCCAGUUGGAAUGCAAAAUAUAUUAAGAGUUGUACUAUAAAUUAAUCCAUUGAGCAGCAGCACUCUCCCCUUGACAAAAUGGCUGUUUACUUAAAAAUCUUACUCCAACUAUACGAGACAGUGUGCUGUAAAUAUAGCCUGGUAACACUCUUCUCUGGAUGCUGAGGUUUUUAUUCGCAAUUUUAGUUUAAAAUGUGGGCUGUAUAUACCUUGAAAAUGUAAUGCAUUUUCAGUAAUUGGUUAUUGGUGAACACAUGCAGGGCUACAAUUCGCGGGUAAGCCUGUAUGUUUGACUAAAAACGCCUCUGUGGAGGAGAGAGCCCUGGGGAAGUCUGUACAUAUAGCCACAGGGUAUUUUUUAAUAUACGUACAUAAUUAUACAGCAAAAUUCUGUCAGUUACCAUGGUCACAAACGUGCUAUAAUAGCAAAUAAAUCUGCUAUAGGUAAUUGAUCAAAAGCCAUAGACAAACAUUGAUAUAAUUAUAUAUACUAAAGCUGUGGUAAUUUACUAAUUUAUUUUCAUUGCAUACCAAUUAGGUAGCUCGCAACACAGAUGUUUCUUUAUCCUCUGUGAAUGAAUCACUGCCAUGCAGCUAUUUUAAAUUAUGCUAUAGGUUGUAUCAAAACUGUAUUCUGAUGCUUCCAGUUUGGUAUGGAAUGGACAUCAUAUAAAAGGAAGUGAUAAAUUGAAUGAAUUUUUUGUUUCUCUACCUACAACUGUUCAUAACAUUUAUUCCAUGGAUUGUCAGCCAGUUUCAGGUAUACUUGAUAUUAACUACAGUCUACUGUACUGUACUGUACUUCCUAUCUGCAAACCACCUACCUACAGUAUAUAGCUUUCUUACAUUCUGUACCUCAGUGAGGGAUUGAUAUGUUUUCACUGCAGGUUGUUUCUUUGUGUGCUUUACUGUCCCAAAAUAACUAAAAAAUCUUUAAUAUGAGAAAGCUAUUGUUAGUAUGCAUGUAAUUUUUGUUAAUGUCGUACUGUAUAGGCUAAGAACAGGUGAGUAAGGACAAAUCGUCACGUUUCGAUUAAAUGUGGAGGAAAAUUUGUCUUUCUAUUCCAGGCUUUGCAUGUAAAAGAACUAGGCAUUAUGUAUGCAUGAAUAUUUUACUUUCUGAAUCCAGGAGAGUGAUUUGCCACUCCCUGUUAUAUACAAAAUAUAUAUAUAUAUAUAUAUAUAUAUAUAUAUAUAUAUAUAUAUAUAUAUAUAUAUAUAUAUAUAUAUAUAUAUAUAUAUAUAUAGCACGAUUUAAGCAGUUUAGAAAGCAUAUAUGGAGCCCAUUUCUGAGAGACAUGAUAAAUAUUUCCCUGCAAAAACAUUUCACUGACAAGCAGGUGCAAUAAUCAACUACUAAGCUUGAAAUCAGUGCUCCCAUCAUGCUUUGCGCUUAUAUAUAUAUAUAUAUAUAUACCGGGUGGUCCAAAAAAAAGUACUCCUGUUUGAUUCGUAAUAACAUCUAAACAAGUAUAGCUUUUAAAGAGAAAUAACUUGCAUCAAAUAGAGGAAGGACUAACUUAGACUUUGAUAUAUUACAGUUGUAUUUCACUUAAAAAUUCACGGAGAUAUUAAUCUUUAAAUUCGGGAGGAUAUUUCUGGAUGUGUCUGAAAUAUGCAAAAAUCGGCGUAUCAAAUAUUAAUCAAGAUUUGCCCGACUGAAACAUGCACUAUUACCAGUAAAUAAAUGACACUUGACAAAUUGUUUAUUAUGAAACAAAGUAUUAUUAUAUCUACAAAAUACAAGCAAGAUUCAUUCGUCCGAAAUUCGCGUGUGUUCCUAGCACGAAUACGUUUCCUUAUUUCAUGAGACCACUGCAUCGCGAAGGAUCGUCAUUGGAUCGUUCGUAGUUCUGAAUUAGGGCAUGCUGUCACAACGGAAUUGUGAAGCUCUUCUAACUUCUGCAACGUUCUGAAAUCUUGUUAAGAACACCCAAACUCUUUUGCCGUUUCUUAAUCUUGGCAAGUUCAUGGAGUAAACUGAGAAUUAUAUGAAACACAAUCAAACCAUACAACUCCAUAAGACAUAACAAUUAAGCAACUCCCCAGAGACAUGCAACAUUUUUGGAACAAAACGUAACAAAAUAGUAGCGUUGAUACGGUGAUGUGUAUUUGCAAAAAGCAAUAUUAUUUCCUUCAAUAAAGAAUAUUCAUCCUGCUCUAACCGAGAAAUAAUCUACUCAGUCUGUUUGAACCCAUUAAAAACAUAAAAAAAUUAGGCUAUUUAAGAAUACGAAAAAUUUAAGCGCCUGCCUUCCAUGGUCAGUCUUUCAUGUACAUUUAAGUUUGCAAAGACCUAAUAUUAAAUACUUGCAUAAUUUCGAACGUUCAUAUUUCAGGAAACAAUGAGCUAAGACUUACAUGUAAGAUGUCUAAAUCUACGCCAUAUCCCUUACAAACCUUAACGAUAAUUCGCUGAAAUACAAGUUAGCCUAAUAUGUCAUUAAGCAAACAAACGCUGGAGUUAAUAUUUGAUAUGCCGAUUUUCGCUAAUUUUAGACACAUUCCAAAAUAUGCUCCCCAUUUUUAACAUUAAUAUCUCCGUGAAUUUUUAAGUUAAAUACAACUGUAAUAUAUCAAAAUCUAAGUUAGUCCUUCCUCUAUUUAAUGCAAGUUAUUUCUCUUUAAAAACUUUACUUGUUUAGAAGUUAUUACGAAUCAAACAGGAGUACUUUUUUUUGGGCCACCCGGAUAUAUAUAUAUAUAUAUAUAUAUAUAUAUAUAUAUAUAUAUAUAUAUAUAUAUAUAUAUAUAUAUAUAUAUAUAUAUAUAUAUAUAUAUAUAUAUAUAAUAUAUAUAUAUAUAUAAUAUAUAUAUAUAUAUAAUAUAUAUAUAUAUAUAAUAUAUAUAUAUAUAUAAUAUAUAUAUAUAUAAUAUCAUGUGCUAUGAAAAUAAACCAGCGUACAUGCAUGCAUGGAUAUCUAUGGGUACAUGAAAAGAGGUGCUAACUAAAUUUGUGUUUUUGUGAGGUGAGACGAAAGUCAGUUUUCGGUCUAAAUUCAAGCAUUUCAUCGGUUCUUUUAAUAUGAGCGUAAUGUUUCACAAAUAAACGUUAUAAUGAAUUAUUUGCUCUUUUAAUUAAGUAUUAAGUUGCAGAAUACUGAAAGACUAAAUCAAACAUUUCCAUGCUUUUCAGAGCGAGCAGUUCCAGGAAGCACAACUAUUGCUGUAUUUGUUGGUGGCACUGUUGAGUACGAAGAUAACAAACCUAAGAUUUUUUCUCAGAACUUUGUCCUUACUGCUGAAGGAAAAGUGUGGAAAGUUGUAAGCGAUUGUUUCAGAAUUACUACUUAGCUGUAUGAACGUUCGCAGUAUGCCAGACCAAUGAAAUAUUUGGCAUCGCAUCAGUGUUGUGCACAAAAUGUAAAUGUUUGGCUCCUUUUGUUCGACUCAAUGUUCACACAUUAUGAUGCAAACAUCUGGGUUACACGAAGUCAUGAACAUGUGAAUUGGGCUGCAAACAUUUUUACGGAUCGACCUGUUAAUUGCUACUUAUAAGGCCCGUUUACACGGGCGAUUUUUGCUGCGAUUUUAGUUGCAAUUUUCUCCUUUUGGAAGAUGUGAAGGAGUGGAUUACUUAAUGAUGUUAUUAUGCGAUUUCAUAACCUGGAACAUUUUGUAACUCAUCCACUCCUUCACAUCCUCCAAAAGGAGAAAAUCGCGCCUAAAAUCGCAGCAAAAAUCGCCCGCGUAAACGGUCCUUCUUUAAAACGGCGACACCGAAUGAGCAUCAUGCUAGUUAUAUUUCCUUAAUAAUAGGCUGUUCAAAGAUCUUGUUUCCCACGCGCCCGCAAUUAAGUAUUUGAUAAUAUACAUUAUCACAACUUCGCUUUUCAUCCUCAUUUUAUUACCAAGCUAGAUAGAAUAUGACGUCGGCUAUAAUUUCCUUACAUGUUGUAAUUUUUGAACAAACUAUGUCAUCCAAUGACAGUUUUCUUUGUCUUUGGCACAGAUUCAUGUAUAUUUGAUUAAGCAUGAAAGUACAGUAUGCCAUAUGAGCAAACAAGAUUCACGAAUCAGCCUCUUUUAUAAAUUCAGACUGGCUCAAAUUUCUACGUUUUAUGAAUUAUGUAAAUUCACGACUUCUCAUACGCAUAUAUGUCAGGAAUGGAAAUGUGUAUGAUUAAAUUUAAUUUUAAAAAUUAAUCAAUACAAAUUUUAAUGUAGUUUGUUUCACUCCGU